AUGGAGGGGACAAAUGUUGACGACUCUAACAAAGGGGUUAUACAUGUAGCCGACGAUGUUCACAAGAUUUACCCAAGUAGUCCAGGAGUCCAUAUUACUCCCUCGGCAUGGAUGAUACUUGAACAGACCGAUUGUGAAAGGACAUAUAUUCAUCAACCUUCCCAUCUGAUUACGGAGAGCCACCCAAUCUCAUUCCUAUAUACUGUAGAUUCAUUGCCGGCUCUCAGUAAUCUGACAAAAGAACUAGCUAGCAUGCAACGUGAUAAAGAGGAAAAGAGGCCGCAGAAUGUUCCACACCAUCCUCUCAGUGAUAUCACUAAUGCUUAUCAACCAUCCUCUAUGGACCUUGACGAAAAAAGAGAGUUCAUAAAAUCUCGGAGGCGAGCUGCUUAUCGAAAGAAAAAAGAGGAGGCUACCGUCAAGCAACAAGAUGAAAAUCUGUCUGCCCUUACGAUAUCAGAUGUGCAAAAUGUUACCCUGUCCCCUCUCGGUGAUAUCACUGAUGGGUGUCAACCUACCUCGGUGGACCUUGACGAGAAAAAAGAGCAAAUAAAUGCUCGGAGGCGAGCUGCUUAUCGAAAGAAGAAAGAGGAGGCUACCGUCAAGCAACAAGAUGGAAAUUUGUCUUCCCUUACGAUAUCAGAUAUGCAAAAUGUACCCCUGUUACCUCUCGGUGACAUCACUAAUGGGUGUCAACCAACCUCGGUGGACCUUGACGAGAAAAAAGAGCAAAUAAAGGCUCGGAGGCGAGCUGCUUAUCGAAAGAAAAAAGAGGAGGCAGCCAGCAAGCAACAAGAUGAAAAUCUAGCUGCCCUUACGAAAUCAGAUAUCCAAAAUGUUCCCCUGUUACCUCUCGGUGACAUCACUAAUGGGUGUCAACCAACCUCGGUGGACCUUGACGAGAAAAAAGAGCAAAUAAAGGCUCGGAGGCGAGCUGCUUAUCGAAAGAAAAAAGAGGAUGCAGCCAGAAAGCAACAAGAUGAAAAUCAGCCUGCCCCGUUGCCUCCUUCAACUGCAUCUGGUGUCAUUCAUGAUAAAAAACAAGCUAGGCGUCAAAAUGAUAAAGAAUGCAAGCGUAACUUAAGGUUAAGGGACGGGCAAAGGGAGCAGGAAAAUGCGCAGAGGCGAGCAGAUUAUCGGAAGAAUGUGGAUAACGGAACGAUCGAUCUUCAACAAAAAAAUCAAAAUCAAAGAGAAUGGCGCAUGCAACACCGAGAAAGCAUGACUUUUGAUGAGAAGGGCGAGUCGAGUGCUCAGAGAAAGGCAAAGUAUGCUACAAAGAAAAACACUUUGUGUGCUGAAUCGAUCGCAAUGCCGCGUCCAGAUCUAACUAGCACAAUGUCUGACUCUCACGCAACACCUGACUUUCGGUCCACAUCUGUGUGUCUAGAUGGGGGCCCUGCAAUGAGUAUGUCGACGUACCCUGUCGGUACCGAUGGCAUUAUGCGCGAGGAUCAUGCUCCUACCGUCAAGGCGGCCCCCACAUACAUUCGCAACAUCGAAACCGAUGGUGCCUAUCUAAGCAGAACCUUAGGUGGUGCUGUAGAUGGCAACCUCAGCAAAAUCAAUGAGCACCUAACAAGUGCCGACCAGCAAACCAAUGAUCCGCUAACAAUAGCAGAUAAUGGAGCUGACCAGCAGAGGCAUGCGUCCAGAGCUCAGCCUAGGACGAGAGAGCGAUCUUGCAAGGGAAGUAUGGCGGCGAAGAAGCGUCAGGAGAAAAUUGGCAAGCGGAAAUCAUGUACGAAGGUGCCACGUGGUGAGAGGAACGCCCUGCUAGAUCGUCGUAAUGAAAGCUUUGCAGGUAGGGUGAAGACCCCGACUGUCAGGUCCAUCUCCAUACCGGAAAUGAGCUCAACUGGACAACCUACCAUAGUUGAAGCACACGGUGCCUCAACCUCAUCUAGCACGCCGGAGUACACUAUCAGAAGUGAAGACGACAUGGACGCUUACCUUAGUCAUCUCAUGACUGAUAAUGUCAACCCUGACAACCUCUUUGACGAUGAGUAUUACCUGUUUGCUGGUGAAGGCUCAGAUGCUGAUGACAUGGAGCACGACGAAUUGGAAGACUCAAGUCACAAUACCUAUGUCGACCAUGAUCCACUGGACUAUGUCUACUCAAACCUCCCAGACCACACACACAUCCUGAAGCACGCCGCGAACUGCGAUCACUGCAAGGCCAAGAAGUUUGUGUCCAAGGCCCCGGGAUUCUGCUGUCGCAGUGGGCAGAUCGAGCUGAAGCAACCGGAGCCCAUCUCGGAGCUAAUGAGGCUUUGGUCUAGCAUGGAUGCGGACUCAAGGCAUUUUCGGGAGAACAUACGGUUCUUCAACGGCCACUUCUCCUUCACAACCCUCGGCGUCAGCCUCGAUGAAAGCUACACAAACAUGAAGUCUGGGGUGUACACGUUUCGGGCGCACGGCACCAUCUACCACAACGUUCAUUCCUUCGGGCCAACAUCCCGUCCAGAGCAUCUACAGUUGUACUUCUACGACGACGACCCAGGCCUAACCCAUCGCAAGGCUGCCACCGAGCAAUUAGACCAGGAUGUCGUCAGAAAGUUAGUGGACAUACUCAGGGAAAACCCGUACUCCCAGCAGUUCAGGAGUUUGGGUGCGCACAGGGACAACCUCGACGAUUACAGGAUAGACCUCAACACUGACCAGAGACUAGACCAACGGAAGUAUAAUAGACCUCUGUCAUCUGAGGUCGCUGCAAUUUGGGUGGAGGGCACUGACCUAGCGAAGAGGUUCGAUCGUAGGAUUACACUUUGCGGGAAUGACAACCAGAGGCACAGUAUACAUGUGACGGCUGGCUCGUAUGACCCGCUCUCUUACCCACUCUUCUACCCAAGGGGGGAGCUCGGUUGGCACCCGAAACUACCUAAACGUGACGUCCCUUGGCCGGUUGUGCAACAACCAAGAGGUAGACGUGAUGAUGAUGAUGAUGAGGAUGCAAGCAAGCCUUAUGUGUAUUCUGUCGUUUAG